CGGACAUGGUCAGCGACGGCAAUUCGGACGUGCUUAUAAAUUUUGUCAAUUUUUUAAUAUUAUUAAUAAAUACGACGUGAGCAACAUACAUAAUUAAAAUCUACUUCCCAAAACCCGGGACUGAGAGAUUGUGAACUUUGUGACGUGAUAUUAAGCUAUAAUUUCUCAAAGCUUUAAUCCAAUUUAGCUGCAAAUUAAUUUGUUGAUAUGAAAUCUAAAUCUAGUACUAAUUUGCUUGCGAUGACGGGUGGACUUCUAUUGGUGUCGGCAAUAAUUGCCAUCGGUAUGAGAUUUGUCCUGGGCGAAAUAACCGUACCGCCACUACAUUAUUUGGAGCGAAAAUUCACCAUUGACUACGAUCGAAAUGUCUUCCUUAUGGAUUCAAAGCCUUUCCGGUAUGUAUCUGGAUCUUUUCACUACUUCCGAGCGGUACCAGAAGUUUGGCGCGAUCGGCUUAGAACGAUGCGUGCUUGUGGAUUGAAUGCAGUCGAUACAUAUAUAGAAUGGUCGUUGCAUAAUCCAAAAGACGGUGAAUAUACAUUCGAGGGAAUUGCUGAUGUGGAAAGAUUCAUCAAAAUAGCUGAAGAGGAAGGCUUAUACGUCAUUCUACGCCCUGGUCCAUAUAUUUGCGCUGAACGAGAUAAUGGUGGUCUGCCGCAUUGGCUUUUUACCAAAUAUCCCGGUAUUAAGCCUCGUACAAGCGAUACCAAUUAUACGUCGGAAGUUGCUAUUUGGUACGGUAAUAUCAUGAAACGUAUGCAGAAGUAUCUGUAUGGUAGAGGGGGACCGAUUAUAAUGGUGCAAGUCGAAAAUGAGUAUGGAUCUUUUGAUGCAUGCGACAAAAACUACCUUAAUUGGCUCCGUGAUGAAACGAACAAAUACGUUCGUAGUGAUGCAGUGUUAUUUACAACCGACAUUCCAAAUGAUCGCAUAAGUUGUGGCAAAAUCGAUGAUGUUUUCGCAACUACAGACUUUGGUCUUGAAAGAGCUCAAGAAAUCGAUGAUGUUUGGUCAACUCUUAGAUCAGUUCAACCAAAUGGACCCCUUGUUAACUCAGAAUUCUAUCCGGGUUGGCUUACUCACUGGCAAGAGCCAAAUGAGCGCAGGGAUGCAACUGCAGUUGCUGAAGCAUUGAGAAAUAUCCUAACAUAUGGUGCGAACGUUAACAUUUACAUGUUCUUUGGUGGAACAAACUUUGAAUUUACAGCUGGAGCUAAUGACUGGGGUUUCGGAAAUUACACACCUGACAUAACUUCCUACGACUAUGACGCUGUUAUGGAUGAGGCAGGAGACGUGACUCCUAAAUAUAUGAAAGUCCGAGAGGUUUUACAAGAUUAUAUGAUAAUGCCAAACUUAGAGGUACCUGAAAAGAGCCAAAAAACAGCCUAUGGUUCUAUUCAAUUGAAGCCAAUGGGUGAUGUUCUUUCGGCAACCGGUAUUGAAGCACUGUCGACAAAGAAAGUUAUAGCAAAAAUGCCGAUGUCUUUCGAAGAACUUGAUCAAUAUUCCGGUUUGGUACUUUAUGAGACUGUUCUUCCUAAACUGGAAAUAGACCCAACUUUGUUGACAGUUAACAAACUGCACGAUAGAGCCUUGAUCUAUGUAGAUGGAAUGUUUCUUGGCACACUAUCACGUCAGAAUAAAAUAUAUUCACUGCCACUAAAUGCAGGAUCAGAGGGCGCGAAACUACAAAUUCUUGUAGAAAACCAAGGUCGCAUUAACUUUAACAUUGCAAACGAUACCAAAGGCAUUUUAGGUCCAGUCACACUUCAAAAACUCAACGGUAGUACUAUCGAACUAUUUGAUUGGUCCUCAAAUUCUUUGCCAUUGGAAAGUGAACAGAUUCAAAAGUUUUUAGAUAUUCAAAAGAAAUCUGGAAAAUGUUCAGAACAACAAGGUAUUCUUCUCAAUGGACCAGUUGUUUUGUACGGUGAGUUGACCAUUGAGACAGACCCAACUGACACCUAUCUUGAUACUGAUGGUUGGGGAAAGGGUGUUGCAUAUAUUAACGGAUUCAACUUGGGAAGAUACUGGCCAUUAGUGGGCCCACAGAUCACAAUGUAUGUUCCGGGACCAAUACUUCGAAAAGGUGUCAAUGAAAUAGUUUUUUUGGAGUAUCAGAAAACGUCUCCAGAUUUGCGAAUAAAAUUCUCUGAUGUUGCUCGCUUGGAUGCUUAAUAAACUGAUGUUUUAGUGUUUUAAUUUUUAAGAUCUGGUUGUUAGGUAUUUGCAAAUAAAAUUGAUCCUAAAUUUAA